AUGUCCGCGUAUCUCCACAAAGUGUGGGAUCUAUUAGAGUCGAUGGGUAUGUUCACGUGUACCUGGCCUGUAGAUAGGAACGCCAGCAAGUGGAAGAUCAUUUUGCGCAAUGUCCAUUGGUUGGUCGCUGUGGUAAACGUGCUCAUAGUGAUAACGAGCUUGAUUCUUACCAUGUAUCACUACAAAAGUGACAUUAUCAUAAUGACGGAAGCUAUUUCGGAGAUGGGGUGUCUUAUAGAGUUGACGCUGGACAUGAUACUUUGCAAAAUUCACAGUUCGCAAAUACAGAUCCUCGUUCGAAAAGUGAAGACGUACAUCGACACAUCGAACGAGUACAAAAACAGCGUAAUAGAGGGUUACGUUCAUCGCUACAAAAUACACUUCUUGCUGAUCGUGUCUCAGUUCGUCUCCACUGGAACUCUGUUCAAUUUGAUGGCCUUGUACACGAAACAACUACCGCUCAAUGGUUGGUAUCCGUUCUCCACGGAACCCGAUCUGGUAUUCUACUACAUUUUCUGUGUGGAAGCCUAUAGCAUUUUCCAAGUAUCGUUCAGCAUCUUCUCCGACUUCGUGAUCAUCGGCCUGAUCUCGUUCAUCGCGGCCAGGCUAGAUAUAUUAAGCAGCCAGAUGAAACAAGUGAGUGACUAUGAUCUGCUGGUAAAAUGUGUCAAAGAACACCACGAAAUAAUAGGAUUUUUCGAGGAUACUACAGCUGCUGUUCGGAGUUUGUUAUUUAAAACAAACAUCACGAUGGGAGGUACGGUCAUAUCCGCGGUUUUGUCUUUGCUUUACGUUCGAAACCAAUCGUUGUAUACGGCGUGUCAGUAUUUCGGUAUGGUAAUGGCGGGAUAUGGACACAUGUGGAUUAUUACUUGGCCGGCGGAUGACUUGACGGAAAGUAGUUUAAAGUUUGCAAAAUCGCUUCAUGACAUCCCGUGGCCAGGAAAGUCUCGCAGAAUGAAGAGUACCGUACUAAUUAUGAUGCUAAGGUGCCAAAAACCGUUUCUGAUUACGAUGGGUGGUUUGCUUCCGGUCUUGUCAUUGCAGUAUUUCUCUCAAUUUUUGACCAACGUGUUUUCGUACUUUAUGGCGAUGAGGUCCAUGCUGGAAUAA